AUGAAGCCUAAAUUAUUCCUAUUCAUACUAAAAAUCCCUUUGCUAUGCCUUCUUUUUCAAUCUUUAAAUGGCCUCAUUCUCAGCGGUGGUCCAAACUCGUAUGCACGUUAUCCGAAAUGGGCUCAUUCCUAUGAGAACUCUUUGUCGCUCGAGCUGAAAACGAAACAAAGUGAUGGCCUUCUUCUAUACACAGAUGAUGGAGGGAUCAACGGGAAUUUCUAUGCUUUAACAAUAGCUGAUGGAAAAAUUCAGUUGGACUUUCGAUUGGGCGAUAACGCGAACGAGCCUGGUAAACGCCCAGUGAACACAAUUCGAAUCGAGGACGUGAGAGUGGAUGAUGAUCGAUGGCACACUUUGAGCAUCUUUCAAUCUUGGGAAAAUGUGAAAAUCGAGCUCGAUCAAACGAAGGCUUUUCGCAUUUUGUACCAACGGAGUUUCGUUUUCGGCAAUUUACUCAAAAAUUCGGAUGUCUUCAUUGGUGGAUUGCCAAAGGAUCUGCACAUGUUGCCCACAAUGUCAUCACCUUUGCGACGGCACACCCGGCAUUUAGCCGUCAACGUUCGCAAUCUUCUCUACCGUCUUUAUCCACAGGGAGUCACUUCACCACAACUUUUGGAAGCUUUUGGAACAAGGCAAAAUGAUGAGGAUCAUUGUAAAGGAUCACUGAAUUCCUAUCGAGAGAGCUUUGUCUGUCAAAAUCAGGGCACUUGCUACAGUACGAAUGAUGGACCGAAAUGCGAUUGCUCGGCCACCGAUCAUGAGGGACCUAAGUGUGAAUCGGAAAGACCCGAUGGAGAGCUUUCAUUCUUUGGCCAAGAAUGGGUUGGAUACGAUGUCUCGAAUUUCACCUCGGCACCAAUUCGAACAAAACGGGAAACGAUACAUUUGCUGUUCAAAACUGUGCAUGGAGAGGCUUUACUAUUCUUUGCUGGAGAUGAUUCGAAUUUUUUGCAAAUCUCGAUUGAAGACGGAUCAGUGCAUGCUUAUUCGAAAUUCGAGGGAACUGAGCAGAGAAUGGUUCGAAUGUUCAACAGCAUCAAUCAAGGCCGAUAUGAUGACGAUCUAUGGCAUUCAAUCGUUGUCGAUCGAAGUCUUCACAUGCAUUCCGAAAAAGUUUCCGCGAUUCACUUGGUGUUGACGGUUGAUGGGCAAAGAGAUGAGAUUCGACAAUAUGCGCCAGAGACUGAUUGGAUUGGCAAUUCUUUUGCAUUCGUUGGCGGGAUUCCUCGCGAGAAAAUGCCUCGUGAGGGUGGCCGUUCAAAGUCUUUUCGUGGCUGUAUGCGGCAGAUCAAGUACGAAGCCGACGCCCAACAAGUGAUUUUUGUGAAUUUGGCCGAUGAGGGUUUUGGUGAAUCGGUGAUUCGAACAGGAGGAGAGCUCGCGUUUUCUUGCAAAAAUCCACAAGUUCCACCCGAUGUCCUCUCGUUCAACACAAGCGAUUCGUUCAUCGCGCUGCCGAAAUGGAAUUCCCUCGCCAGUGGAAGCAUUAGUUUUCACUUUCGAACCUCCGAACCCGAUGGCCUCCUUUUGUACCACGGAGAUGUGGCCUCUUCAUCGGAUUUUGUCGCUUUUGAGCUCAUCGACGGGCAUUUGUUCUUUGUGAUUGAUCUGGGGAGUGGACACGUGAGAUUGCAGACAACAUCCAAGCGUGUCACCGAUUCCCCAUCGCAAUGGCAUUCGGUGUUAUUCGAGCGAGUUGGAAGAACCGGAAAUGUGGUUGUCGAUUCGGUGAAAACCGACUUCAACACGCCCGGUGUCUCGGCGAAUCUCAUUGUUGACGAUCCAGUCUACCUUGGCGCCCUGCCCUUUGAUCUCAACGCUAAGCGAAAAUUUCCGUCCUCGGUUUGGUCGAUCACUUUGCGCAAAGGUUUUGUCGGCUGUAUCAAAAACGUGCGCUUCAAUGGGAUCUCAGCGAAAAUCUCGACAAUCUUCGAGCAACAAAAUCCAAAAGGAAUCUCAAUGGGAUGCACAAAUUCUCACAAAAUCGACUUUUGCGAGGGGAAUCCAUGCCAGAACUUUGCCCGUUGCGAGUCCGGAUUUGCCGGUUUUCACUGUGAUUGCAGCAGCACUGGAAUGGAGGGAGCGACGUGUAGUGAAGAGCCAUUGAUUGCGAGUCUCACCGGGGAUCGUCCCCUUUCCGUUGUUCUCCCAUCAGUAAUGGCUAGUGAAGCGGAAAGUAUCGAAUUUCGAUUCAAAACCGAUACACCAAGAGGGAUCUUGUUGGACACGCGAUCGGUGUCCAAUCGAACACAUCGCUUAGUUGUGAAUCUUUCGAGUGGUGAACUCGAGCUCUUCUUCAACUUUGGAAGCGGGAAACAUACAUUCAAUUGGGGACGAGGAUUGCACGAUAAUCGAUGGCACGAGGCGAGAAUGAAGAGAAGAGGAGAACGGUUGCUAUUAUAUUUGGAUGGGAAAUGGGAGCACAGUUAUUUUCUUCCAUCUCACGAUUUGGUGCUUGAAGUCGAUGAGUUGAGCCUGGGACAAUCGAUUCACACAGACUCCGGAGAGGAGCCAUUCAGGGGACAAAUGACAUCUGCCAAAUUCAAUCACCUCGAUCUCUUGACCAUUUUGAGAAAAGAGAACAAACUUCUCGGCACCACUUCCAGCAAGGAAAGCAAAGGCCAAAGAAAUAUCAAAACGAAAUCCCCAGCCGUUUCUUUCACAAACACUACGGGUUAUGUCACUUUUUCUGCGCAUCGGGUUUCACGCAUUCGGGGCGAUUUUCGGGUUUCUUUCAAAUUUCAAACUUUAUCACGCAAUGCUCUUCUUUUUGCUACUUCCAGCAUCGAUACGCAAUUGGACUCGAUUCUAGUCGAGUUGAUACAUGGAAGAAUAAGAUACACAUAUCGAACGGGUCUUCGCGAAGAGUCAGCCACCUCGCCGACUCUCCCUUUCGGCAAUCAUUUGAGUGACCUACGAUGGCACACUUUGCUUAUUUACCAGGAUCCAAAAACUGGGGAACACAAUCUGAUCGUUGAUAACACGACAUCAGUGCUGACAAAGCUGAAACAUCACAGAGCCGUGCUGACCGGGACCGCAUUUUUGGCCGGAAUCCCACCAUCUUCUCCAGUUUCGGGCCGGCUCGCUACAGCUCGUGGCUUACGCGGAUGUAUCUCCGGAUUGCGGCUUGGAGACGAAGUGUUUGAUAUCCUCGAUGAAGCCGAUAAACUCAAUUUGGUUGUCAGAGGAUGUCAAGGACCACUUGCAAAGUGUUCUCCGGGUGCCUGCUCUAACAAUGGUCGAUGCAUUCAACAAUGGAAUUCGAUCAGAUGCGAUUGUUCGUUAACAGCUCAUGCGGGAGAUCGAUGUAACCAACCAGCCACAACGUAUACUUUCUCGAAAGAUCCAUCGGUGAUCUUCUAUGAAUACUCGGAAAAUGAACGCCCAUCAACCGAGAAAGAUUACGCCGUUCUGGCUUUCAAAACCAUAGCCAAUGAUGGAGUCUUGUUGAGCAUCGAGUGUCUAGCUGAUCGGGAUUAUCUGGCGUUGUUUCUACAAAACGGUCUACUCGUUGUUCGUUUCAAUCUCGGCUCGGUCGAUCAUUUUCUUCCACUCUCGAAUGUAGCCAUGAAUGAUGGAGCUGUGCAUGUAGUCAAGCUUUUCCGAGCCGAUGCCAAUAUCACUGCUAUCAUCGACAAAUACCCUCCGAUUCGAUACCGGCCCGAGAAAGGCGAAGAUCUCGUCACGUUGAAUAUGCAAUGGAGGAUUUCGAUCGGUGCAGCACUGAAUGCAAAACAUCUGCUCAACAAUGAUCGAAUGAAACGCCACCUAAUCAAGAUCAUCGCCCCAUUUGAGGGAGACAUUGGAGGAGUGAACUUCAACGGGCUCUCGAUUUUGGAUCUACAUGCACAAGGUCAUCCAAACGUGCGCGCUGUUGGAGGAGUGAAACUUCUUUAUCAAGCACCACAGAAAAUGCAAUCAAGUGCAGAAGAUAUCGAUGGAGAUGGAAUCGAGCCUUCUCCAUUCUUCGAAGCGAUCGCCCCGAGUUGUCUCACCGUCGACGAACAGGAGCGUUGUUUUACUGACCCGGAACCCAUUGGGUUCUUCACGCCACAACUGCCGACUGCAGUGACGGCGUCGAGGCAGAGAGUUCAUCCGACAACUCCAUCACUCGGUGAGUAUCCCCGGGAUCCGUGGAGGAUCGAUCAAGACAAUCAAAGGAAAAAUCAUCAUUUUGCCCCACCCUUACCCCCACCCCCACCACCGACAACUCCACCAACUACGACAAGAAGAACUACAACAACAACAGCAACAACAGCAACAACAACAACUACUACUACCACUAGAAGAACCACCACCCCAACAACAACCAUGAAAACAACCACUACUGAAUCUGUUUACUUAGCCGAUUUCUUUGUUGAAGAAGGAUCAGCUGAUUUCCCAGAAUCUCAAGAAAAUUCUGUAGAGACGGUGAAAAGUCCGAACAAUGCCAAUCCUCUUAUGGCAACUGUAAGAACAACGGUUUCAACAAUGGCUACAACCAGAAAACAACAGCUUCCAAUUAGCUUUAAAUCAACCGUUUUACCUAGACCAUAUGAAAAUAUGAAUGAAGCGAUUCUGUUGAAUCCUGAUUAUGCGAGUAGUAUCUGGCAACAAGCCAUGGAGGCGCCAGACAUUGGACCAACUGGGCCAGCCUGGUUGGGUGCGACGAGAAAUCGGUCACGAGCGACGACAAGACGAACUGAGAGACCGAGAGAAAUGAGCACGAGAAGGCCCGCACCAACCAUUGGCAACAAGGAAAGAUCGACCCCGUCACCGCAAUUCCUCAUCGAAACAACGGCUCGCGUUUCGCCAUUCACCGUCUAUCCCCCGGUCCGACCCACGACUCCUAUGGGCACAGACCCAUUAGGGACAACAACAAUGAAGCCAGCAUCAGGAGAGGAUUUCCCUCGAACAAUGCUCAUCAUGGUCGGAUCGGGGACAGUGAUCGUCUUGAUUGCCGCCAUUGUCUUCUGUGUGUUUAAAUGUCGACAAAAUGCGCCACCAAGUGAACAUUAUCCGAUGGUGAUGAAUGGGAAAUCGACAGGCUAUGCGCCGAUCUCACAAGAAAUGUCACCGCAAAUGAUUCAUCAUGGAGAUCCAAGCACGCAACCAUUGAUUGCACCACGAAUCAAUACCCAAGUGAACGGCUACCAGCCAAUCAAAGGAUCAGUGAUUCCGAACGGAAUGAAUGGAGAUAGUCCAAAUGGGACGCCUGGAGGAGGUGGAGGAAUGAAUGGAGUGAAUGGAAUGAAUGGGACGGGUCCAAGGAGGAUCAAUGGAGGAAUGAAUGGUAGCAUGAACGGUUUAAACGGUGCCACAAAUGGAAAUGGCCCUAAAGCGACCGCGAAAAAGAAAGAUUUUAAGGAGUGGUAUGUG